AUGAAGGUGGCAGCGGAGGAGAUGUCAGCAGGUGCGCGACUUGGCCUGCAAAACGAGCAGGGGACAGUAUGGGUGGCACUGUCUACUAACAAAGCUGCUUGUUUAAGAGAGCUGACUGCUGAAGCACGCAGGAGAAGCAGUUGGAAGGGAGAAGAGGUGCAUGCACUGGGGCUGUCGACUGCGAUACCUACUUGCUUAAUAGAGCAGGAGGUGGGAGAAGGCAGUUGGAUGGGAAGCUGA